AUGUCCCACCUCGCGCCUGUUGGCAAAUGGGAUGCUAGGUAUCUCGGCCCCGUGCCCCACGAUACCAGCUACUAUGCAAAGUGCAUGCUCGGUGGUGCACUCGCUUGCGGUUUCACCCACGCCGGGAUCACCCCUCUGGAUGUGACCAAAUGUAACAUGCAGGUUGCCCCCGAGAAGUACAAGGGUCUCGUUUCCGGUCUCUCCACCAUCUCGAAAGAGGAAGGUUCAAGAGGUCUCUGGAAGGGCUUCGGCCCCACCUUCGUCGGCUACUCCCUCCAAGGAAUGUUCAAGUACGGUCUCUACGAAGUCUUCAAGGACUUCUACAUGAACCUCGCCGGCGAAGAGAACACGGAGAAAUACAAGGGCGCGAUCUGGCUUGCCGGUUCCGCCUCCGCCGAAGUCUUCGCCGAUAUCGCCCUCUGCCCGCUCGAAAUGACCAAAGUCCGCAUCCAGACCUCCCCCGCCGGAACGUUCCCCGUCCCCUUCGGAGCCGCGCUCUCACAGAUGAACCUCAUGAAAGCCGAGACCGGAUUCCCCUUCGGUUCGCUCCUCCCGCUUUGGUCCCGCCAGAUCCCGUACACGAUGGCCAAAUUCUUCUUCUUCGAAUACAUUGUCAACCUGUUCUACAAGCACGUCUUCACCGAGCCGAAGAGCAGCUACUCGAAACCGACGCAGUUGGGUGUUACGUUCGCGUCGGGUUACCUCGCUGGUGUCGUCUGUGCCGUCGUCUCCCAUCCCGCGGAUUCGUUGGUCUCGCAGAUGGGCAAGCAGGCGAACAAGGGCAAGUCGGUUGGUCAGAUCGCGUCGGAGGUCGGGUGGAGCAACCUUGCCACGAAGGGUCUCGGUGCUCGUGUGAUCAUGAUCGGUACUCUCACUGGCUUCCAAUGGUGGAUCUACGACUCGUUCAAGACCACCAUGGGUAUGGGUACCACCGGUGGCAAGUAA